AAUUCGAGUAACUGAAAUUGAGAACAGCUUCGACAGUCCUGAAUCAACUGUUGCCUCACCACGAUGCCAUCAACAACCAUAUCGAGACUCUCUACAAUCAAUCAACCAAAAUCCAGAUCAGACCACGGAUAGCCCGGAGUCGGUUGCCGUUUCCGGAUAAUUCGGCCGGUGGGCCGUCGCACGCCGCACACACGUAAGCCUGAGCGAAAACCGAGUCUGCGCCGAUCCCUCGAGGGGGGUGGGGGGGGGCAACCCGAAUAUUCGACGACGAUAUGUAAGGAUUGGUAGCCUUCUCAGGUGCACAAUCGACUCAAACAGCAAGAAUCAUGACCGAAGACCAGCAGAAUUUGAGCCAGGCCCCUCCCGACGACCAUGAGCAGCCUCAACGGCAGCGCAAGCGCAAGAGAAGGACUGCUUCGUGCCAGGCCUGCAGAUCCCGGAAAUUGAAGUGCGAUAGGGAGUACCCCAUCUGCGGAAGAUGUCUGAAGAGCAAAACACCCACCAAAUGCACUUAUGAGGAUGGCUUCUUGUGGCAGCAGCCCAAUACAGUUGCUUCGACCGUCUUCUCCGAGCGAGGUUCCACAGCGACAGGAUCAGUCCCAAUUAUGCAGCAAGGUGACCGGACGCCCGUUCACACGCCCCCGGACUCGGGGAUAAGGGCCCUGCCGCCUCGGCCUCAAGCGCCGACAAUGUCCAUGUCGGAAAGGCCCCCCGUGGAAAAGAAAAAAGAUCAUUUCCUCGAGACGGUGUUGGGGGCCCCGAAGGCUGGUAUCAACCAGGAGCCUUAUGUGAAUACGGAUCUUGUGCAGCGGUCUAAGCGGAUGACCGAUUACAACCACGAUGCAGCGCCCGGUCAAUUGGAGGCCGAGGAUGGCCUUGCUUCUCCCUCGCAGCAACUAGACCUUGCUCCCCGGAUUAUGAUGAGGGGGAAAGAAACCAAGACCCGCUUUAACGGGGCGGGAAUUUUGGCCAGCUUGAUGGCACAGUUCCCCGACAUAAGGCCGUUCGCAGAGGAAAUCCGACUGUCCAGUCCUCAUCUCGCGCAGCUUCGGCCUGAUCUAGAGAGAGUGAAGAAAGGUCUCUGGAAAAGGAAGCCGUUGAAUGAACCCUUCCCGCUGCCUGACACGGCGUCGCUGAUCGGAUUGCUUCCCAGCCGUGCGGUGGUCGACGAACUGGUCGUUCUUUAUCUGACCUACAUCGAGUCUACACAUCGCAUUUUCCAUGUGCCCUCGUUUCUUAGGGAGCUUGACGAAUUCUGGGCCCUAAAAGAAAAUCCGGACCUCGCGUCGCCCACGUUUGUCGUCCAGCUGCUACUGGUGUUAGCCUGCGCGUGGAAUCUGGCAGAUUAUGAUACGCUUCAGUACAAAAACGACAUACCUCUAAAAUGCUACACCGCGGUGGAGUGGAUUCUCCAUUCGGAGAAGUGGCUCGAAAAUGCUCACAUCAAGCGACCCGAGGUGACGACUCUUCGUCUUUACGUUCUGCAGAUUAUGGCCUUGAAUGCCUUUGGUAUGAAGCGCAGCAAGGCUUGGCUGGCGACGGGAACCCUGGUCAAGCAGGCCAUGCUGGCGGGGUACCAUCGCGACCCCAGUCGGUACACCAAAAUUUCCGUGUUCAACAAGGAGAUGCGAAGACGGAUAUGGACCACUAUUGUCGAGCUUGAUCUCCAGGUUGCCCUCGACCGCGGAAUGCCGCCAUCCAUACAACUGUCCGACUACGAUACUGCACUGGCUUUGAACAUCAACGAUGCGGAGAUUAAUGAAAUGACCACCGAACUUCCUGAAUCCAGACCAGUGGACGAAGUCACCGACUGUUCCUUCCAGACCAUUCUGGCACAAUCUCUCCCCCUGCGGAUCAAGGCAUGUACGCUGAUGCACUCCCCACGAAUCAGCUGCCGCUACGAGGAAAUCCUCCACUUGGACUGGGAGCUCACCAGACAACUCGCGCAUAUUCCCUUGUGGCCAACCUCGGACGCCGAUGAUUUCCAAACACAGCACAAGGUUGCUCUAAUGAAAGCUUUGCUGGAAAUGAAGAUCGCACACAGUCUUUUAACCAUCCAUACUCCCUUUGCUAUCGAGGCUGUCAAAGAACCCCUCUUCACUCCCUCCGCUCGAGCCCGCCUGGAAAUGGCAACCAUGAUUCUAUCAACACAGCGAAGGUUACAUACGACAUCGAGACAGCUGUCAUUAUGUGUUAUGGGUGACUGGAUCAUGCAAGCCUCGUGCACGAUAUGCCAGAUCCUUCAUGCAGGAAAUGAUGGGCCCGCGUCUUCUAGUUUUAUGACUCGUACACUGCUCGGAUUACCCGAGUCACUGAUAGGGUUGGUAGAAGCAAUCCUGAUAUGUCUCGAGGCGCGACUCCUUCUGGUAGUCAAAGGGGCGAAGGAGUAUUUUUUCAUGUCAACAAUCCUGUCAUUGGUGAAGGCAAAGCUGUGGCCAGUUCAGGCGCAUGUGUACAAGCAGGAGGUGAUUGAGCGGGUGAUUAUCUUUGCACAGACACUCUUCACACGACACGCUACUUGUGCUCAUUUGGGGAAUCCGGGAAUGGGUGGUUUCAAGACAAACCAAGUCGCUAGCUUAGCAGCAAGUACCGGGCUGGCACCCCCUCUGGCCCCGGGCUUUAAUGGGAUCUUACAGCCACCCAACUUUGGCAUCACGCCACCUGGGGAAUUCGACCCAUUCUUGGAUGUGUUUGACUGGGAGGACUUGACGGGACUUGCAUUUGAGGAAUGAUCGAAUGGCUGGUCCAUUGAUGUUAUUCUGUAUACUGUAUUGAUCUAACUGCAGCCAUGUCCUGUGAUUUAUCGACUACUGACGGGAAUUAUUCAUAAUGAAGGAGUAAUGAGGUGGCUGUUGUAUCUUUGGCGUGUGGAUUGUUUCUAUCAUUUAUCUUGUGUAUCAAAGCGUUUACAAAUAGUAUUUGACUUUUUACUAUCAAAUAGAAGUAUGAUGGUAUCAAUCGAUUGAUGAUAUUCCGAC